UAUUUGAAAGCGGCAAUGGGACAAAUCGGACGGCACAACAAGCCCUUGGGUGUAUUUGUCUACUUGUGCCUGGUUCUCAGUCUCUCCUAUUUGACCUAUAAAGGCCCCAUUUUGAACUAUUUGAAGAAUGAGACGUCGUAUUUCGAAUCACGCAUAAAAGUGUCGUCUUUGAACCUUCCUGUGGCACUCCUGUGCCAACUUCCCGGCUUCAAAUCCAAUGUCACGUCCCAGGAUAUCAUCAAAGAUUUUGUUGCUCGCAAUGAUUACGAGGAUCGGUUGGCCAUGACAGCCGUGUAUGAUAAUUUAUUAAGCAUUAAGGAUGUCGUCGGUUCGAUGGGUAUCUUGGACGUGAAGGGCAAUUAUGUAUCACAAACACUCGACCACUGGGGCUACAUUCCAAUCGAUCUUCUUUUUGUUGGACAAUGUUUCUACUUGCCCCUAUCGCUAUACAAGGACUCUUUUCUCAACAGAAAUUCUCUGGUCAUUGGAUUGGGAACGACUUCCUCAGACAUACCGUUGGAAGACAAUACAAUUUCUUUGCAAUUUUUAGAAGAGAGUGAGCUGGGGUUACUCGGAUUUGUCAUGGAAGAAUUGGGAUCGGAUCCAAUACCCAUUGAUCUGGGUACAACCACACAAUAUCAACUCAGAAUGAAGAGAAUCACUCGAAUUCGCAAAUGCCAACCCGAUCAAGGAAAGUCAUUGUCCCAAUGUCUGAUUAAUCACAAAGACGAAAGAUACCCAAUGUGCCAAUGGCGGGAUCUCAUGAAUAACACAUGUCGGAAUGCCACCCAAUACAUGAACCGGCUAAAGCAGUCGUUCAUGAGGAACUCAUAUGAGUCCAUCCGAAAUGAAACUGGUUGUCUGCUGCCUUGUCAAAGGAUCCAUUACUCAACAAGGAUCGCUCUCCAAACAAAAUUAGCUAGAUCCAUUGCACACGAACCACACUCCACCAUCCACAUUCAAUUGAACAUGGACGAUCGAGUGGCUCAUCUAACCGAGUAUCAGGUUUUUAAUCUAUACGACUUGGCCUCGGGAUUUGGAGGUUUGGCUGGGCUUUUCUUAGGAUUGUCUAUCUGGGGGUGUUUCAAAUAUCUUCGAAAUGCCUUCCAAUUACUUGGACUCCAAUGGGAAACGCCUACAUGAAUUGGAAGGCAAGCCAAUUCAAGAAUUGUGUCGCUUUGGUUUGAAUUUGCCGGCAGAGCCCGAAACUCUGGAUUUACUGCUUUUAGUGUUAUCGUUUUACUUAUAAGUACAACGCUGUACGCUCGUACAUUACUUGGCACAAUAUUAUCAAAACCCACGGUGGGGAUGUCAAUGAAUACAAAUUGAUUCCAAAUAUUAUAUACCAUUUUCUCAAUAAAGCAACGUAAGGGAAAUCUGCAGUGGGAGGAAUGAAAAAAGGUAUUUUCUUAUUGGAACUCGAUACAUAUUUAGAGUUAUUGUUAUUUCAUCAAAUGUGCUAGCAUUUUGUUCAUAAUUCAUGAUCUCGUUCACCAAAUGUUCAAUCGGUCUCCCAUUCGAAUCAAUAAACAAAGCGAUUAUGUCCUCUUAUAGCUCAGCUUGUGACAAUGAAGUCUACAUUGCAGACUAGUUUGAUGGAAUAAGAAUGCUUCUUACCUGUUUUGGCAUGCACAAUGGUGAGGAGAACGAAGAGGAUCAGAAAAGGCUUCAUGGUAAUUAUUUGUUCUA